AUGAUACUGUCUAAAUAUUUCACUCUAUGUUGGUUGGCGAUAUAUGAUAAUCAAUUUAAUCUAUCUAAGUUUACAAUUCUAUAUACAUAUUUUAAGCAAUUUACAAUUAAUCACUUACACAAAAACAGCCAUUCAAGUACUAAAAAUAAUAAAUAUAAGAUCACAUCAAAAAUAUUCAAGAGUUGCCAUUAUAUGUGGAUUAUGAUGUUUAAAUCUUAUAUUAUUUGUAAUCAAUAAACAAUGUCGAAAUUUAAGAACUAUUAUUCUAUGAUUAACUAAAUCUUUUGCUGAAGAUGAAUAAUAACUACCUCUUAAUGAAUUUAGAUUGCCUAUGCUUGAAUUAGACAACAACAAAAAGUAGAAUUCUAUUUCAUUAAUAUAUUCAAUGCUGAAUGUAAUAUAGAAUCAUAAUGAGUUCAGUAUUUUGUUAUUAUUUAUUAAGAAUUAUAACUAUUUCAAUGUUCGAAUGAAUACUUCAUUCCAAAUGAUGUCGAGUAUCUCGAACUAUGGAGAUUUAGAAAAAUAGAUUUUAAGUAUAUAUUAAUUAGUAGCCAUAACUAACAUACAUCUCAAAGACACUAAUUUAAAAGGAUGUAAAAAUUGAACCAAAAAUAAUAAAGAAUUAUAUUCGGAAGCAUAUAUGAAAAUUGA